AUGGCCGAUCCAAGUGAAGACCUUUUGUCUGCCCAUGCAUUUCUUGUUUUCAUUUGGGUUUCAGUUGGUAUCUUAACUGUUGCCUUCACCAUUCGUGCAUAUGUUCGCUAUGUCUGUUUUGGGCGACUGCUACUUGAAGACUGGCUUGUGGCUGCCUCGCUCGCCCUGUACAUCCCGUGUGCGGUUCUGACACAGCUAUACUUGCACAGAAUGUACAACAUGGCCCAUGCUAUGACAGGGAAGUAUGUGCCCGGCCCAACUUUUGUGACCGAUAUGAUCACUCCACUUCGCCUGGCCGGAGUGAACUCAAUCCUCAUCACUCUUGGGCUAUGGCUGAUCAAAGCGUCCUUCUUGAUUUUAUUCUACCGAUUAGGGUACAGAAUACCCAGGUAUCUGUACGCUUGGUGGGCAUGCACUAUUAUCAUCUCAGCAUGUGGCAUCGUGAGCAUCGCCUUGAAUCAAUACAGCUGCAUGUUUGAGGACAUAGACACCAUCUUCGCCACAUGCACACAGGCGUCAACGUUGAACCAGGUCUUCAUCAAAGAGAUCACGGCUAGCGUCAUGGACAUUGUCUCAGAUUUGCUGCUCAUUGUCUUUCCGAUUUGGAUUUUGGCGGGAACCACACUGUCACUCCGGCAAAAGAUUGUCUUCUCGGCCGUCUUCUGCCUGGUCGGUCUCACCAUUGCAGUCACCAUCGUCAGAGGAUACUUCUCCAAGGUUAUUCAUGAGACCCCCACCUAUGGAUUGCAACAAACAAACAUCAACUGGCCAUUUUGGUUCGCCGUUGAGUACACCACAUCUUUCCUUGUUGCCUGCGCCAUCUCAUUCCGCUCCCUUUUUGUGCAGCAACGCAAUAAAAGGAGCGCGGCAGCGGAGAGGGACCACCAUCGCCAAUCACCUCCUACUUCUGCCCAGAAGGGUCACUCAAAGAAUGCCUUACGUCGGCUGCACAUGAAGUUUCUCUCCACAGCACACCUUCUCGAGGGGACUGCAUAUGAUCACGAGACUUGGCAUCUUCCAGAGCCUGUUUCAGGAACCAUGACAGUGGAUUUCUCAAAGGACGAAGGCUGGCGGCCUGGUGGGGAGGACGGGGAAUCAAUGAAGGCACUGAGACCACCUGUACAUAGGUACACAACGGAAGUCAGUGUGGUAUAA